CAGGAAGUUGAUCGACGUGAAAUGAAAGUGAAAUGUAGAGAUUUCUAAUUAAAGUCAUCGACUGCUGAAACCUCACAUUAUUCUUUAAAAGAGAACUCAGCUUGCCUUCCAUACUUUGUCUGGCCUUUUUGCUGUAUUUACAAAUGGGUUCAGCCUAUAAGAUGGUCUGCUACUUUACUAACUGGGCUCAGUACAGGCCAGACCCAGCCAAGUAUUUUCCUGAUAAUGUGGACCCCUGCCUCUGCACCAAUCUGAUCUACGCAUUUGCUGUGAUAAAUGACAAUAAUGAAAUCACCACCUAUGAAUGGAAUGAUGAGACCCUUUAUGCAUCAUUCAAUGCUAUCAAGAACAAGAAUGCAAAUAUAAAAACAUCGCUAGCAGUUGGUGGAUGGAACUUUGGGACUGAGAGGUUCACUAUUAUGGUUUCUACUCCAGAAAACCGACAGACAUUCAUAAAGUCUGUGCUUUCUUUCCUUCGGAACUAUAACUUUGAUGGCUUGGAUCUGGACUGGGAAUAUCCUGGCUCCAGAGGUAGCCCUCCAGAAGACAAGGAAAGAUUCACCACCUUAGUCCAGGAAAUUCUGCAAGCAUUUGAGGAAGAAAGCACUAAUAGUGGACGCCCCAGACUUCUGCUCAGUGCAGCUGUAGCUGCUGGUAAAGGAACCAUUGAUGCUGCCUAUGAAAUUGCCACAAUAUCACAGUACUUGGAUUUCAUCAAUGUGAUGACCUAUGACUUUCACGGUGCCUGGGAUGCAGUGACAGGGCAUAACAGCCCCCUCUAUCGAGGCUCUACUGAUCAAGGAGACAAUAUCUACUUUAAUACAGAUUUUGCCAUGACAUACUGGAGGGACAAUGGAGCUCCAGUUGAAAAGCUGAUAAUGGGAGUCCCAACCUAUGGGCGUACCUUCACACUCUCAUCUGGUGAAACUGGUGUUGGUGCCCCAGCAUCUGGUCCUGCAUCCCCUGGGACAUACACAAGAGAGGCUGGAUUCUGGUCAUAUUAUGAGAUUUGUCAAUUUUUAAAUGGCGCAACAACUGAGUGGAUUUCGGACCAGCAAGUUCCUUACGCAUACAAAGGAAAUGAAUGGGUGGGAUAUGACAACCUUCAGAGUGUGGAAGGAAAGGUGAACUACAUGAUUGAGCACAACUUUGGUGGUAUAAUGAUUUGGGCUCUUGACCUUGAUGACUUUAUGGGAACAAUGUGCAACCAGGGAAUCAACCCAUUAAUUAGCAAAGUCAGUUCACUUCUGGGAGUUUCUGAAGGUUGUACUACACCCUCAACAACUGCAUCUACAACAACAACCGGUGGUGAUGAUUUCUGUAAAGACAAGCCUGAUGGAACUUAUGCAAACCCAGAUGAUAAAACCACCUAUUAUGUAUGUUCUGGAGGAGUUACCUACAAAAUGAACUGCCCUCCUGGCUUAGAAUUUAAUGAAGAUUGCUCAUGCUGUGAUUGGCCAAAAAAAAGAAAAGCAAACUUAUGGUUUUGAUUUCUAAAAGGCAAACGUGACAGUAUAUAUCCAGACCCACAAGAUAAAACAUGAUUUUAUGCCUUCACUGUUGGAAAAAAAAAAACAUAUGCAUUGCCCUUCUGGCUUAGUGUUUAACAAUGAUUGCUUAUGCUGUGGCUGGCCAAAAAAAUACAUGCACAUCUAAAUGUAACUGUAUCAGAUCUGAACAUAAAAUACUGUUGUUUAUUUCA